GGGACCCUUGCACUGGGGGGUGUCACCAGGGCUGGGUGACAAGAAGGGGCCCUGGGGUGGCCAGGAGGAAAAAGGGGGUGGCUCUGCCUGCUUUACCUGGUGGCCCCUGGGUACUGCUGGACCUCUGGGCUCGGCUGGGCUGUCCCUCCAGGCAGCCCCUCUCCAAGUGAUGCUCCUGGGGCACCUGCGCAAGGUGUGCAGGGACCAUCCCCCCCCACCCCAGACCCCUCCUUCCUGCGGGGUGCCUGGCUUGCCUAGCCAGGGCUGGGGAGGGGGCUUGUCAAAGUGGCCUUACCCAUCUGGAAGGGCCGAGACCCCUGGGGAUAUGUGACUCGGAGGGGGACCCAGGCUGCUGUGGGAUGGGGAGACUUGGCAGGGUGGACACAGGGGUGUGAUGGCUCUUCUGGAGGUGAUGAGGGCAGUGCAGGCUGCCCUCACUACGCCAGCGGUCCGGGUCAAACGGGCAGAGUCCUCAAAUCCACUGGGAUGCAUUUCUGUCUGGACCCAAGAAAAGCCAGUGCUUGUGCCCAGCUGGCAGGGGAAAACCCUUGGGGACCCCCAGAGUCAUUUGUAAGCUGCCUCUCUUUUCCCACCGUCUCCUGGGUGCCCACAUCACAUCUCCUGGGCAUGUGAAGGCUGCUGAGAUUUGGCUGCCGGGCCGCACAUGGCUGUUCCCGCUGGGGCACCCGGCACCGUGCCCAGGCCACGGCUGGGCGCUUUCGGCACAGAUCCAGCCCUGCAGCUGGAAAAAACUGCCCAGCGCUGAGCAAACAGCCAAGGCCAGGGCAAUGUUUAACCCCUGCCCGUCGCCCCGCUGCGCCACUGGACACGGGCACUUGGGGACACUGGCGCGGCCCCUCCAACGUCACCUCUUCCUCCUCCGUCCCCCAAACUCUGCUGCUGCUGCAGGCAAGGAGCUGGGGACGUGCAACGAGGUCCCACUGGACACAAGAGCAUCCGUCAUCAGAGCCAUGACAGCCCAGUUUGGCAGGGGCGAGAAGCCCUUCCACAUCGUCUCGCCUGUCCUGGAGAGCCUGCCCCUGUCCCAGGCAGCGGGCACCAAGGUCUACAUGAAGUUGGAAAACGUCCAGCCCACGGGCUCCUUCAAGAUCCGCGGCAUUGGCCACCUCUGCCAGGAGGCUGCCAAGAAGGGCUGCCACCACUUCGUUUGCUCCUCAGGAGGGAACGCGGGUCUGGCAGCAGCGUACGCGGCCAAGAAGCUGGGGUUGCCAGUCACUGUCGUGGUCCCCAGCACCACCGGCCCUGCCACCGUGCGCAAGCUGGAGGAGCUGGGGGCAGAGGUCGAGGUCUCCGGCCAGGUGUGGGAUGAAGCCAACAGGAGAGCCCUGGAGCUGGCACAGACGGAGGGCUGGGUCAGCAUCCACCCCUUUGACCACCCCUUGGUGUGGCAGGGUCAUGCCAGCCUGGUGCAGGAGCUGAAGGAUGUGCUGGAAACAAAACCGGACGCCAUCCUGCUGUCAGUGGGUGGCGGGGGGCUGCUGGCGGGUGUCGUGGCUGGCCUGCACCAGGUGGGCUGGCAGGACGUCCCCAUCAUUGCCGCCGAGACCCGGGGGGCUCACAGCUUCCACGCGGCGCUGGCGGCUGGCCGGCUCGUCUCCCUGCCUGACAUCACCAGCGUGGCCAAGUGCCUGGGAGCCAAGAUGGUAGCAGCACGGGCGCUGGAGUGUGCCCAGGAGUGCCAGGUCAUCUCCCAGGUGGUGGAGGACACGGAGGCUGUGCAAGCUGUGGAGCAGUUCCUGGACGACGAGAGGCUGCUGGUGCAGCCAGCAUGUGGGGCCGCCCUGGCCCUGCUCUACACAGGGCGGCUGCAGCAGCUGCAGCGCGAGGGGCGUCUGCGGACCCCGCUGGCCUCCGUGGUGGUGGUGGUGUGCGGGGGCAGCGGCAUCCAGGCAGCCCAGCUGCGGGCCCUGAAGAGCCAGCUGGGUCUGGAGUGACAUCCACCCCAAGGAGGGGGAUGCGCCGGAGCCCUGCCGGCACCCUCUGUUUGCUUUCCUUCCAAAAUAGCCAAAAUAAAGCCCUGCUGCCAGGCGGACGCAGUGCUGGACUCCUUCGGCCGCCUCUGCCCCAGCACAUGGCAUCCACGUAGGGACGGGGGAACGGAGGCACACA